AUGUAUACGCCUCAAGAAAAGAUACAAAACACCGACACCACCAAAUCCUCCUUCUGGAAAUGGACACCCAAGACACGAAAACACAUCUUGGCCUUCCUCGCCGUUCUCGCCACAGCAGUCGUCCCGCUUGCUAUCCUAGGCGAAGCCACAUCCCCGCCGUACGCCGGCCGCGCCCCCUUUUCCUCAAUUUUUCGGGACAAAGUGAUUUCCUGCGGCGGCAGCAUCGGCGGACGCCCUGCAAACUCGACGAUUACAGGUAUUGAAAAGGUGUUCGCGCUCGACAUGACGUUUGGGCAGUACACGUUCUCGCAGGUCAAGGCCAUCGACAUCGCGUGGGAUGUGGGUAUCGGGCGUGGUCUGCAGGUGCUGGCGUCGUGGGUGUCGUAUAGUAUCUUUUGUGAUGCGUUGUUGAAGGCGAUCGAGCGGCAUCCCGCGUCGUUUAUUACGUUUCAGCGGAUAGCGCUCGAGGGGCCGGGGUUGAAGUCUGUUGCGACCCUGUUGAUUGAGUUGUGGGCGGCGAAGAGUAAGAGGACGAAGGCGCUGUUUUUCUAUAUGCUAUGGGCGACGGCGUACAUUGUUGCUUUGCCGAUUGUGGUUGGGGCCAUGACGGGUUACGAUGCUACGGCUGUGGCGUGGGUUGAUAUCGAGGGCGUGGAUAAUAAUCUUGUGCCGGCGUCGUCGGUGAAGCCGACGUGGAUGGUCAAAGGGACGGCGAAUGAGACGUUCGCGCAGCCGGCGUGUGUGGAUACGCAGGUAAAAGACAAGUAUACGUGGUUUGUGGGUCAGCGGAGCCAAAUGUGUGACUGCCAGAUUCCCAACGGAACAAGGUACUCUAGUAAAGAACUCAGUGACAUGGGCCGCACUAGCCAGUUCUAUGAAGUCAUGAGAUUGGGCUGUGUCUACAACUUCACAUCCAAUACGCAGACCUUUGAAGACGUGGACUUCCCCGACGGCAACUCACGCAAAACCUACUCGUGCAACUCCACUAUCCCCGUAAUCAUCAAGGACAAGACCUACGACGCACAGGACCUUGUCACAAGCUUCGGCUACUGCCACUUGGCCAUUGCCUACAACGAGACUUAUCUCGAGGGAAAAUCGCGUUGUCUGCCCAACACUGCCCAUCCGUCUUACGAAUGGGGUUUCUCUACACUGCUAUGUGGUCUCUUUGUCUUUGUGACUUCAGCCUGGGUGGUAAGCAUGUACAUACUGUGGCUGGAUUCGCAGCACGGUAGUACGCUCGUGCAGAUGGGAUACCGCAUGACGCCUCUACGUGCAGCAUUUGCAAUGGCGAAAGCGGCAAGGCAGCGUACGGGAUACUGCGAGAAGCAGCUUGUAAGGGCAGACACAGAGUCGCUGGAGAAGGAGCUGUAUGGACGCAAGGGAAGCAAGAAGACAAAGGUUGACUUUGGGAUUUUUGUGGAGGAUACAGAGGGAGGCGAGGAGAUGCGGGGGUGGCAGAAGGUGGGAGACGGCAGGAACAGCCGUUGA